AACAAAUUUGAGAGCUAUAAAUUAAUAUACAGUUUAAAUUUAGCAUUACUUAAAAAUGAACAACUGGGAUAUAGCUGCCAGUGACGAUGAGUGGGAACAAUAUAAUUGCAAUGAUCCAAUUCCUAUAAGGUUUGCAUAUUUAUUUAGUGACAUAGCUAACAAAAAAAAUUUAUCCUUGUCUUGUAAUUGUGCUCGAAAAGGUGCAUUAAAAGUAUCUGAGAAACCAGUUCAAGAAAGUAUUUCAAAUACACUACAAUAUCAGCCAUUGAUUGAUAAUCCUACAUUAAAAGAUGGAAAAAUACCUGAAAGAAUAUACCCAACAUUUGAAGCAUUUGAUUUUAACAAUGAAGAAAGUGAAAGGCAAUCUGCUAAAAGAAAAACACCAAGUGGUAAGAGACUUAAAAAAGAAAAAAUAUCGAGUAGCAUGUCGAAUGUUAUGAACGAUUUAUUGAGAAGCAAACUACUUGACGAACUUGAAGCGUCAAAAACUACGGUAACCGAAAGCUAAAACCGCAAAAAACAUCGUAAAAUGAUUAUGAGCAUAUGAUGGCGUCAGUUAUAUAGACUUCGAUUGAUUAAACUUUGCGUUCUAAAAAUACUUUUAAAAAACGUUGUACUUUAAAAUAAGUUUAUCUACGUUUUAAGUUCAAGAACUAUGCUAAAUUUUGAAAACUAUGCUAAAUUUUGAAAAAGAGGAUAACGCGAAGAUAACGAAAAGUACGGAGAAAAAAAUGAUGUUCAUGUAAAUAUUUACAUCUGUUAACAAACAUAAUUCUAUAUAAGUUGUAUUAAAAUAGUAAAUAUAAAAUAAAUUAGUCUAAAAAAAAA